AAGGCAUGGAAAAGUUGACUUAAAGCUUUAAUAAUUACACAGAAAUCCCAAACAGUAUCUUUGACUAAUAAACGGAUUCCUAAAUUUCGUUGUUACCAGUCCCCGAAAAUGGACCUUUUGUGCGCCGAUGGCUUCAGUUAUUAUGACAUCGCCGCCAGCUCGCACUAUAUGAAAACACCGGGCACACCCGGUGGCCAGGGCAUUGGACCAGGCACUGCGCUGCCCAUAACAAACAUUCCCAGCGUUUCCAGCUUCACCAAUCAGUGCAACAAGCCGGUCUGCGACGAUGCGGAUAUGCAGUGCAUCGUUGAUCUGAUCGAAGGCACCAUCUGCGAAGCUCUGGCCAUAAUAGAGUCCGACCCGCGUGGACUGUUUUGCUACAAGUAUCCAAAACGUAGCAAAAUGUCCUCCAUCAGCUUGGCCUCUUCAGUUUUCAACGAAAUCGUAGUGGUCAACGGAGAAGACGACGCCUCGGCCUCGAUCACAAACCAUGCUAACUACACUGGUAUUCUCGGCACUUCGGCAGACUCGGCAUCGAGUGGUCUGGCGCGCAAGAUGCUGACCAUCGGCGAUUUUGAAUACUCCAACGCUAUUGCCGACAUUCGGGACUUUGUCAGUCGAUGGGAGCUGUCGCCUGACACAAAAUGUGUGGUUAUCAGCAAUCCGAUUCGCCACGAAGUUCCCAUCAAGGGAACUAUUCUUUUUGUAGACGCCCAUUUCUCACGGCCGACCCCACGCUGUCCCAAUCCACUAGCUGUUGCCAAGGUGCGAUUUAUCCUGACCGUGUCAAAGCUUCUUUUGCGACACUAUCCGGUGAUGAUCACCUACCGCUUUGAGGGCUACAACACCCUCUACUAUGGCCUGGGCGAACGCUGCCUCAACUCGUUCACUUUUCAGCGCUUCUAUAUCGACACUAUCUUGCACACCAAGCUGAGCUUCUUUGCUGCUAUUUCUGAGUGCCGCCACGGCACCGUCGAAAAGCCUAAGCAUAACGUCAGGUCCAAAAAUGUCAAGAAGCCCAACAAUUGAUUCAGCAUCCACCAUUAAAGGCUUGUUUUUUUCCCAAUAAACUUAUGUUUCCCAAUGUACUUACUGUAGUGCUUCCGAAA